CUUUUUUUUUUUUUUUUUUAUAAAAUGUGUUUUUGCCAUUUGGCCAGAAUAUUUUUAGCUGGCAACCCAUGCAAACGAGGCUAUAAGAUCCCCACUUUCAACUUCAUACAACCACAAUUAACAUUUGAAAUCCAUUGGAGAGGCGUCUUAAUAAACGCCCUUCAUAUUUCUAUCUUUUUCUUCUUCUUCUUUACCAUUUCAUAAACCAUAAUUUUCUGCUUCAAAAUCGUUCGAAAAUGAGGGAGUGUAUCUCGGUUCACAUCGGUCAGGCUGGUAUUCAGGUUGGGAAUUCCUGCUGGGAGCUUUACUGCCUCGAACAUGGUAUUCAGCCUGAUGGCCAGAUGCCAAGUGACAAGACUGUUGGGGGAGGUGAUGAUGCUUUCAACACCUUUUUUAGCGAAACAGGUGCUGGAAAACACGUCCCUCGCGCCAUUUUUGUUGACCUUGAGCCCACUGUCAUCGACGAAGUCAGAACUGGAACAUACCGCCAACUGUUCCACCCCGAGCAGCUCAUUAGUGGGAAGGAAGACGCCGCAAACAACUUUGCACGAGGCCACUAUACCAUUGGAAAAGAGAUUGUUGACUUAUGUUUAGACCGCAUACGGAAGCUUGCUGACAACUGCACUGGUCUUCAGGGAUUCUUGGUGUUCAAUGCAGUUGGUGGAGGCACAGGUUCUGGUCUCGGCUCGCUUCUACUAGAACGCCUAUCCGUUGACUAUGGAAAAAAGUCAAAGCUCGGGUUUACUGUCUAUCCUUCACCACAAGUUUCGACCUCAGUCGUUGAGCCAUACAACAGUGUGCUAUCUACACACUCUCUCCUUGAACACACUGAUGUUGCAGUUUUACUAGACAACGAAGCCAUUUACGAUAUCUGCAAGCGAUCUCUGGAUAUCGAACGGCCCACUUACACGAAUCUAAACCGUCUGAUCUCCCAGGUUAUAUCUUCAUUAACCGCGUCUUUAAGGUUUGAUGGGGCGUUGAACGUGGAUGUAACCGAGUUCCAAACAAAUCUUGUUCCAUACCCAAGGAUCCAUUUCAUGCUUUCGUCUUACGCACCAGUAAUCUCAGCUGAAAAGGCAUACCAUGAACAACUGUCAGUUGCUGAGAUCACAAACACGGCUUUUGAACCGUCUUCUAUGAUGGCGAAAUGUGACCCGCGUCAUGGUAAAUACAUGGCUUGUUGUUUGAUGUAUAGGGGUGAUGUGGUCCCAAAAGAUGUGAAUGCAGCAGUGGCAACUAUUAAAACAAAGCGGACGAUUCAGUUUGUCGACUGGUGCCCGACUGGAUUCAAAUGUGGGAUUAAUUAUCAGCCGCCAACGGUGGUUCCUGGUGGUGAUCUUGCGAAGGUGCAACGAGCGGUGUGUAUGAUAUCUAACUCGACAAGUGUGGCUGAGGUGUUCUCUCGCAUUGACCAUAAGUUCGACUUGAUGUAUGCGAAGAGGGCGUUUGUUCAUUGGUAUGUUGGUGAGGGUAUGGAGGAAGGUGAGUUUUCGGAAGCUCGCGAAGAUUUGGCUGCAUUGGAGAAGGAUUAUGAGGAGGUUGGUGCUGAGUCUGGUGAGAAUGAAGAUGAAGAUGAUGGGGAUUAUUAAAGAUUAAAUCUGGUUGCAACUAUCUUUUUAUUUACUUUUGUGAUGUUGAUGAUCAUGUUGAUAUGAAUGUGGUUUGCUCUUUAGAGGUUAUGAUGUUUGUUGCACCUCAAGUUGUUGAUUGUGUGGAUGUGGUUUGGUUUAUGAUAUUGGAGUUUAAUUUAAUGAACUCUUUUCUAUGAUAA